AUGUGGGAGCACCAUGCCGAAACCAAGUCUAGUUCCGAAACAAGCGGAAAAUAUGGAGAGUCAAAAUCCAGUGCCGAAUCUAAAGUGGACAUUGAAUCAAAAGCACACCAUGGCUCCGAAGUCCAAGCUGACUCAAAAACAGAUGCUGAGUUGAGCGGAAAACAUGGCGGCUCUAAAGCAUCGGCUGAUGCGAGCGCAAGUUCAAGCUUAACAGGAAGUGAGUCGAAGGCAUCUUCAGACGCAAGUUCAAGUUCCCACAGUAGCGGAAGUGACUCAAAAGCAAGCGCUGAAUCUAGCGCUGAAACUCUUUCAGGCAGCGGAGGAGUUUCGAGUGCAAAAUCAAGUGCAAAAGCCAGUUCUAGUGUUAGCAAUGGAAAAAGUUUGAGUCAAAAUCUGCAGGCCAUUGCAAAUGCGAAGAUCAUACCACCAGCAAUUGGGGAAGAAGAGGAAAAGGAAAAGAGAGGCUACUCGAAAAGUCAUUAA